AUGAAAGUCCAGCCACCGUUCAAAUACAUCAGUUUCUUUUCGACGAAAGACAAGGGGAAAAUUUAUCUCGUAGCGGAACAACUCUUAUCGGUGACCGGGGUUACCACCGAUCGUGAUGAUAUCCUUAGAAAAAUCGAAGAGGAUCGAAAAAUCACACUGGAAUGUUUGAGGAAUUCAACGGGAGAAGAAAUUCCAUCCGACUUAUUUCCACAUACACUCCUCGUCGAUGAAAUGGGUGCACAGUAUGUAGCUUAUCAUUCGGGAGUAGGAAUGUACUGGUUGUACGAAUUUGUCAUCGAUCCGAUUCGAAAAGGAUCGGGAAAGAAGUUACCGGUCCUUGGACAAGACCUGGAAAAAUGA